AACACCAUGAAGACCUGGGCCCUCCGUGCAGCAGGCUGGCUGGCAAUGUUUGUUGGCAUCAGCCUAAUGACCCGAAUCUUUUACACUUUGGUGGACUGGUUCCCUGUCGUGCGAGAUCUGGUUAACAUCGGAUUAAAAGCGUUUGCCUUCUGCGUAGCCACUUCGCUCUCGCUCCUGACCAUCUCCGUUGGCUGGCUCUUCUACCGCCCCCUCUGGGCUUUGCUGCUCGGGUUGCUGUCUGUAGUUCCAAUCGUGAUUGCCAAAUCCCGCGUUCCGCCGAAGAAGCAGCAGUGAGAAGGAGGUGGUCGGGCUUUCCGCUGAAUCCUGGUUAGAAACUUUUCCAGUGCCUUUCUGUCCCGGU